AUGGAAAAUAUCGGGGAGAAGCUACAAAAGGAAAAGGAGGUCUCUGAAGCAGCCAUAGAGAAAAAGAGGAAAGAAAACUCAUCAAGGGCCCUAGAAAAAUUCCACUGCACUCUCGGCGAUCGGUUCGAGCGAGAUAGCGAGACCUAUUCACACACAAAAGAUGAGUUUGGUAUGACACCGCUCCAUUACGCAGCGCAGUUAUUGCCAACGGAACAUUGGCAGGAACGGGAGAAAUGGAACUCGCUACUGAAGGGCCUCAAACUGGAUGAUCUGAAUGAGCAAGAUGAAGACGGUCGUACCCCAAUGUCUCAUGCAGCUGAGCUUGGAAAUGCGUGGGCUGUGAACAAAUUGAUAAAAGCUGGAGCGGACCCCUACCGGCGUGACAAAAAUGGACGAUCGGCCUUAUCCUGGGCAGCACAAUUCGGCCACAAAGAAUUGAUUGAGUUACUAAGUUGGGAUGUCGGUUUCUCUGAUGACAAAGAUAACCAAGGCUGGACACCUUGCCAUUACUUUCUCCAAUGUUCUUUACAAAGCGAGCCUCACUCAACUAAAGAUUAUGAUCUCCGCAUUCUUCCACUCAUUUGGGACAGAAGCCAUUCCCUGGAGAACUCACUCUCAGGUAUCCGGACGUGGACGCGAGUGCCAUCCAACUAUAUGAGCGCAUCCAUAUUGUCUGAGCAUGACGCCUUUGGCCUCACCCUGCUAGCGCGUGCUGUGCAACUCGAGAGGAAUCUAAUCGUCAGGAUACUUCUUACCAUCAAGGACAUCAACAUCAGCGUGGCAGACAGGGAUGGAAAAACGCCGCUUUGGCGGGCCAUAGAGGCUAGACACCGCGAGAUUGCUGAAAUAUUGUGGAGCGAUGAUGAUGUUACUCUGAGGCUACUUGCGAGGAAUGCUCACACUCGAUCUGAACCUCUGGAAUGGCUGAUUACCAACGGCUAUCCAUUGCUUAGACGGCACGGCUCAAGCGAAGAGACGGCUUUUCACAUAAUGCUUGACAUCCCUAAUAUUGGCGUUAUGGAGCAUUACCUCCAACAAAUCAUAGUCGCCCAAGUACCCGAACUAACCACGGACACUGUUGAAGCUCCAACAAAGUUGAGUUCGAAAUUCCUAGAUCAAAACAACAGACGUGGCUUAACUCCUUUGGCCUUGGCAAAAGAGAAAGGACUGUUAUCGAUAGUGAAGCUUUUCCUUCGAUGGCGUGCCAGAGUGGAUUGCUUCGAACACAAAGCGGACUGGUUAAAUCUAUUAUCGGACAGUAAAAAUAAGGGAUCUUUCUGCAAAUUGGAGGAAACGUAUCGGGAUGUUUCAUUAGAGCUGGUACGAAAGAAGAACAAUAUCCUUAUCUUCGACUCCUACCAAGCAGAGGAUGUAACUCCACAAGGCCGUCUUGUCGAGCGAUGUGAUAUGCUUCAGCAUCUUUGGCUACACAAUAGCAAACAUAAUUGGAUAGCCUCAUUGCAGCACGGCCUCUACCAUAAUACAGAAUCCUACGCAUACAGCCGCGUGCAUCUGAACACUAAUUUGUCCGAAAUAACUUGUGUUCUAUCAUCAGAAUUUCCCAACCCGGAUGCAGGGUUCUUCAAGAGACACAGCCCAUUCCAGUCACAGGGUAUAACAAGUCAUAAAUGCUGGUGUAUAUCGUGGAAUGGGCCACGAUUUCCAGUAACCAAUCGCGACGUACCAGUAUUCUACAGCAGUACUCUCUCUCACGGCCAGAUGCCUGCAACCGACGACAAAUUCCUUCAGCAAUACAUAAGCGAUUUAUUCCAGGAAUGGUCUCUAAUAUGCGAUGGAUUUGAGACGCAUGUGACUGAUCAUUGCAAUGGUGACGAGACGAGUGCCACUGUUUUGGUUAAUGACCUAGCUGAUGAUUCACGUUACUUGGCUACUAUUCAGAAGGCCCUUCAAGAUCAGAUAAAGGGAAUACGGAAGGUAAUCGAUGGAUAUGGCAGGUUGCAUGCACACCACAUUCCUUAUUUGUAUAGGUCAGCAGAGGAACUGAGGCAACUGAAGGCGACUAUCACUGAUCGACUGGACAAGCAACACGAGCGGGUGCGUGAUCUUCGCCAGAUGGAAUUCGCUAGGCUUUCCGUUGAAGAAACGGUUUUCAUGAGACGCAUCAGUCUAAUUACUUUUAUCUUCCUACCAUUGAUGUUUGCAUCGCAACAGACCCUUUUUGGCAUGAACGUCAACGCGUUGCAAAGCAACCCUGACUGGCGCUGGUACAUCGUUUUCGGCGCUGCAUCCCUUCUUUUGACUUAUGCCUUGUGGAAGGUUUCAGAUAAGAACGUCCGAUUAUCCCAGAUGUGGUCUGAAAUACGGGAGAGACGGGCCAUGAAGAACAAGAUGAAGGAUUGUGAAGGCUAA